UUUAACAAGCACCUACCAAAAUAUCUUGCUGAUAACGCAAACAAGGCAUUUUUAGAAGUAUUCCUUUUACUAGAAGGGCUAUACGCCGACGAGUUUGAUCUGCGCUUGGAGAGAAUGGAUGAUGAGGAUGUCAACUUCAAUGAUCUCUCUGAUAUAGAAUUGUUUCAAAACAAUGAGAAAGAGUUACUGCUAUUUACUAUCAAGCUUAAAGCGUUGAUGAAACUUGACCUACUGAGUAGUAAAGUCGUUUCCAGAAUCAGCUUAAACAAAGACAUUAUAGGGCCUUUGUUCAUGAAAGUUAUUGAUAAUUCAAUAUUUGAAACUAGUGAUGCUCCUGUUAUAGUGCCUCAACAUGCAAGUAGAAACUUAAAUCCGUCCAAUGAACAAAAUGUUCACACACAUAAUUCCCUAGAAGAAGAUAAUAACAACAAUACUUUUUCAGAAAUGAUUGAACAAUCCUCCGAGCUAUGA